AUGCCAUUAUUAUUAUUCUCUCUUCUAUUCAUACUAAUUUUUCAAUUGAAUUACAUAACAGCUAUACCGAUUGAUAAUGGUGUUGAAGGUGAGCCUGAAAUAGAAUGUGGCUCUGCUAUUUUGACAAUUAAUUUUAAUACAAGAAAUAAAUUUGAAGGUCAUGUAUACGUAAAAGGUCUUUAUGAUCAUGAAGAAUGUCGUUCAGAUAGUAGCGGACGACAGGUAGCUGGAAUUGAAUUACCGAUUGAUUCGUGUAAUGUUGAACGAUCACGAUCGUUAAAUCCUCGAGGUGUUUUUGUAACAACUGUAAUUGUUAUAACAUUUCAUCCAAAAUUCAUUACCAAAAUAGAUCGAGCAUAUCGUAUACAAUGUUUUUAUAUGGAAGCUGAUAAGACUGUUAGCACACAAAUUGAAGUAUCCGAAAUGACUACAGCAUUCCAGACACAGGUGGUACCAAUGCCUGUAUGUCGAUAUGAGAUUCUGGAAGAUGGACCAUCUGGUGCACCUGUCCGAUAUGCAAUGAUCGGUGAUCAUGUAUAUCAUAAAUGGACUUGUGAUUCGGAAACUACCGAUACAUUCUGUGCAUUAGUGCAUUCCUGUACUGUUGAUGAUGGAAAAGGUGAUACGGUACAAAUUUUGGAUCAAGAUGGUUGUGCAUUGGAUAAAUAUUUACUCAAUAAUUUAGAAUAUCCCACAGAUUUAAUGGCCGGUCAAGAAGCUCAUGUUUAUAAAUAUGCUGAUCGAUCAGAGCUUUACUAUCAAUGUCAGAUUAGCAUAACAAUUAAAGAGCCAAAUAAUAACUGUCCACGACCACAAUGCUCAGAACCACAAGGAUUUGGUGCAGUAAAAUCAGCUGCUGCACCAUCACCAGAAGCUUCUCCGCUUUCUCCACAAAAUAUACGAUUGCUCAGGAAAAGAUCGGUUAAUUAUGACAAUACGGUGGAUGUUAGUGUUGGUUUUAGCGCGAUUGAUAUAAGUGAAAAGGAUUCAAAUUUAUUACAUUAUGAUCGAUUACUAGCGGUAACAAAUCAAUCAAUUAUACCAAUACAUCAUCGAUUCAAUGGUACUCUUUGCAUUGCAUCACAUGACAUUUUACUUAUCAUCUUGUUUGGUGCUAUAUUAACUAUUGCUUCUUCGCUUCUCAUUGCUUUUAUCAUGUAUGCCAGUAAAAGUUCGAAAUUAUAA